GCUACCUAAAGGACAAAAAGUUUGGUGGGGCCAUUGUUUGGGCACUGGACCUUGAUGACUUUUCUGGACAGUACUGUGGUGGAGAACAUUACCCUCUGAUGAACUACCUGCGUACCCUGCUCAAUAUAGAAUUGCCCCCCCUGCCUCCUACAAUCAAGCCCACUGGAGGACCCAUAACUACCACCACCAUUGCCCCCACCACCACUACCACCAUUGCCCCCACCACCAAAACCACUGCUCCCACCCCUCCCGACGCACCCGGAGACGGGUUCUGUGGCAACAGACACGACGGCCUGUACGCCAGCGAUCAGGAUCCCAACGCCUUCUACCAGUGCUUCGAUGGCCACACCUACGUACAGAAGUGCCACCCUGGCCUCGUCUUCAAUGACAGCUGCAAGUGCUGCGAUUGGAAAUAAUCCCCCCGGCUCCCACUAAAAUGAACAGAAAAAGAAAUAACAAGCUAUUUUCUGGCUAUUUCUCGAUAAUCCCCAAGGGGAUCCACAAGUAUUGGCUGCCAGAAGUAUAGCCGAUCAGC